AUGUCUGGGGCUGUUACCGUGAGGAAGAAGCUGGUCGUAGUCAGGGAUGGUGCGUGUGGGAAGUUGUGCCCCCUCAUCGCUUUCAGCAAGGACAUGUUCCCCGAGGUUUAUGUGCCAACUGUGUUUGAGACCUACAUGAUGGACAUUGAAGUGGAAGGGCGGCAAGUUGAGCUGGCCCUUUCGGAUACUGCAGGGCAGGAGGAUUACAACUGCCUUCACCUAUUAUCCUACCCAGACACUGAUGUUGUCCUAAUGUGUUUUUCAGUGGACAGUCCAAACUCAGUGGAGAAUGUCCCUGUGAUUUGGAUGCCAGAGAUAAAGCUCUUUUGCCCUUACAUGCCUGUUGUGCUGGUGGCUAAUAAAAAGGACUUGAGGAAUGAUGAAAAACUUUGUGCUGACCUGGCAAAAAGUAAACAGUGCCCAGUGCGGAGCGAAGAUGGUAAACCCAUGGCGCAGAGGGUCGGGGCAUAUGACUACACAGAGUGCUCAGCCAAAACCAGAGAAGGUGUCCGGCAGGUCUUUGAGACCACAACAAAGGCUGCUUUACAGAAAAGGCAGAAACCAAACCGAAGAAGAUGCAUGAGAUGCAGUGUGCUUUGA